UACCUUGAAAGCUUAUAACUACGAAACCCUCUCCUGCUCAUCUCAUUCUCAUUCCGAUUAGGCGUCUGUAUUCUUCAUAAUCUCGAUCCUUCGUCAAGAUGCAGAUCUUUGUUAAGACCCUUACUGGAAAAACCAUAACUCUUGAAGUUGAGAGUUCUGAUACCAUUGACAAUGUUAAGGCAAAAAUCCAAGACAAGGAGGGUAUCCCCCCUGACCAGCAAAGGUUGAUUUUUGCUGGAAAGCAGCUUGAGGAUGGUAGGACUUUGGCUGAUUAUAACAUUCAAAAAGAGUCCACCCUACACCUUGUACUUCGUUUGAGAGGAGGAAUGCAAAUAUUUGUCAAAACACUAACCGGGAAGACCAUCACACUUGAAGUUGAGAGUUCAGAUACGAUUGACAACGUGAAGGCAAAGAUCCAGGACAAGGAGGGUAUUCCUCCAGACCAGCAGAGGCUUAUCUUUGCUGGUAAGCAGCUGGAGGAUGGCCGGACAUUGGCUGAUUAUAACAUCCAGAAGGAGUCCACCCUUCACUUGGUUCUCCGUCUGAGAGGUGGCAUGCAAAUUUUUGUGAAGACCCUCACUGGAAAAACUAUCACCCUUGAAGUUGAGAGCUCAGACACCAUUGAUAAUGUCAAAGCGAAAAUCCAGGACAAGGAGGGUAUUCCCCCAGACCAGCAGAGGCUUAUAUUUGCUGGUAAGCAGCUCGAGGAUGGCCGGACAUUGGCUGAUUAUAACAUCCAGAAAGAGUCCACCCUUCACUUGGUUCUCCGUUUAAGAGGCGGCAUGCAAAUUUUUGUGAAGACCCUCACUGGAAAAACUAUUACCCUUGAAGUUGAGAGUUCAGACACCAUCGAUAAUGUGAAAGCUAAAAUCCAGGACAAGGAGGGUAUUCCCCCAGACCAGCAGAGGCUCAUAUUUGCUGGUAAACAGCUGGAAGAUGGUCGGACAUUGGCGGACUACAACAUCCAGAAGGAGUCUACCCUUCACUUGGUUCUCCGUUUGAGAGGUGGCAUGCAAAUUUUUGUGAAGACCCUUACUGGUAAAACUAUUACCCUUGAAGUUGAGAGUUCAGACACUAUCGACAAUGUGAAAGCAAAAAUCCAGGACAAGGAAGGUAUUCCACCCGACCAGCAGAGGCUAAUCUUUGCUGGUAAGCAGCUAGAAGAUGGUCGAACUUUGGCUGACUACAAUAUACAGAAGGAAUCAACCCUUCACCUUGUUCUCCGCCUACGUGGGGGUAUGCAGAUUUUUGUGAAGACCUUAACUGGUAAAACAAUCACUCUUGAAGUUGAGAGCUCAGACACAAUUGACAAUGUCAAGGCGAAAAUCCAGGACAAGGAAGGCAUUCCUCCUGACCAACAGAGGCUGAUCUUUGCUGGAAAACAGCUUGAGGAUGGCCGCACUUUGGCUGACUACAACAUACAGAAAGAAUCCACGUUGCACCUUGUUCUUCGCCUUCGUGGAGGUAUGCAGAUAUUUGUGAAGACCCUCACAGGUAAAACUAUCACACUAGAGGUGGAGAGCUCUGACACCAUAGAUAAUGUGAAGGCAAAGAUUCAAGACAAGGAGGGUAUCCCUCCAGAUCAGCAGAGGCUCAUAUUUGCUGGAAAGCAGCUAGAGGAUGGGCGGACCUUGGCAGAUUACAAUAUUCAGAAGGAAUCUACACUUCAUCUUGUUCUUCGACUCCGUGGUGGUGAUAUGCAGAUCUUUGUUAAAACCCUUACUGGGAAGACUAUAACCCUUGAAGUGGAAAGUUCUGAUACCAUUGACAAUGUUAAGGCGAAAAUCCAAGACAAGGAAGGUAUCCCCCCUGACCAGCAAAGGUUGAUUUUUGCUGGAAAGCAGCUUGAGGAUGGCAGGACUUUGGCAGAUUAUAACAUUCAGAAAGAGUCCACACUCCACCUCGUCCUUCGUUUGAGAGGUGGAAUGCAAAUAUUUGUUAAGACACUCACCGGAAAGACCAUCACCCUUGAAGUUGAGAGCUCAGAUACAGUUGACAAUGUAAAGGCGAAAAUCCAAGACAAGGAAGGAAUCCCCCCUGACCAGCAAAGGUUGAUUUUUGCUGGAAAGCAGCUUGAGGAUGGCAGGACGUUGGCAGAUUAUAACAUUCAGAAGGAGUCCACACUGCACCUGGUCCUUCGCUUGAGGGGUGGAAUGCAAAUAUUUGUAAAGACACUAACUGGAAAGACCAUCACGCUUGAGGUGGAAAGCUCUGAUACAAUCGACAAUGUAAAGGCAAAAAUCCAAGACAAGGAAGGAAUCCCCCCAGACCAGCAAAGGUUGAUUUUUGCUGGAAAGCAGCUUGAGGAUGGCAGGACUUUGGCAGAUUAUAACAUUCAGAAGGAGUCCACACUCCACCUUGUUCUUCGCCUGAGAGGUGGAAUGCAAAUAUUUGUGAAGACACUGACCGGAAAGACCAUCACUCUUGAAGUGGAGAGCUCUGACACAAUCGACAAUGUGAAGGCAAAGAUCCAGGACAAGGAGGGUAUCCCCCCCGAUCAGCAGAGGCUCAUCUUUGCUGGUAAACAGCUUGAGGAUGGAAGGACUCUGGCUGAUUACAACAUUCAAAAGGAAUCCACCCUUCACCUGGUUCUUCGCCUUCGUGGAGGAAUGCAGAUAUUUGUGAAGACCCUGACGGGAAAGACGAUUACACUAGAGGUGGAGAGCUCAGACACCAUAGAUAAUGUGAAGGCAAAAAUUCAGGACAAGGAAGGGAUCCCUCCAGAUCAGCAGAGGCUCAUCUUUGCAGGGAAGCAGUUGGAGGAUGGUCGGACUCUUGCUGAUUACAACAUUCAGAAGGAGUCUACUCUUCACUUGGUUCUUCGUCUUCGUGGGGGGUCUGGCACGUCUGGGUUCUGAAUGGCUGGUUAUGGUCGUUCCUGUCUGUCUUUUGGGAUAUGUUUGAUGUUAUAGUAUGUGGUAUGAUGCAGUUGCUUCUUGCUUCUGCUUGAAAUAAAGAGUGAAUGACAUUAGUACCUAAACUACUUGUUUCUCUGGUAUGCUUGAUUAGAAAUUUAUGCCUUCUAAUGAUAGGACUAUAAUAUAUUUGAUGGUUGAUUAGAAUUUGAAA